AGGGAGAAAGCAAGAAACGCGGAAUUCAAUGAUAAUCGGUUUUUGAGCGCUGACGAAAUGGCAAUUAAAAAACGGGACAGGUUGGAGGAACGGCGAGCGAGAAGAAGGAUAGACGGGAAGUAACCACCGAUAACUUAAAUUCCAAAUCUUCAAUUCAACAUCACAUCUCGGCGUUUCUCUUCUGUAACAAUCAAUCAAUCCACCCAUUUGAACCACCACCAUCUCCAAUUCAUUUGUUCGUCCCUGCUUCCCAUUGCUCUUUCUCACCAACCAACCGCAAGAUCUGUAUAGUUUCACGUUCCCUCAUUCACCACCGAAUUUGAAGGGAGCUCGGAGAUCUGCGAGAAGGACGCGGAUCCUUUUCGAUUUUGUAGAUUUCUUUCUGGGUUUUGGAUUUUUCGUGAUGAGUUGGAGGUAUAAGGCCGGUUUGUUCCUCAUAGUGACUGUUGUGAUUAUAUGGGUAACAUCAGCAGAAGUGACCCAGGACAUUUUUACUGCUUAUAAGCAGCCUUUUGCCAUAACAUAUCUUGGAGCUUCUCUCAUGGUAGUUUACCUCCCAAUAGCAUUCCUUAAGGAUUGGUUUUGUAAUUUGGUAAAACGCCACACUUCUAAAAGUGGUAAAAAUGCAGAAAGCUUCAGUGAGACUUGUGCUCUAAAACACAGUGGAGCGGAGACAAACUUGGAUGUGGAACUCCAGGGAAGUUUCACUAGAAAAGACAGUGAUGCUGAUUUUUCAACUCAUGCUGAAGAAAGCCCCCUGGUUCCUGGAAUUAAAGAUGAUCCAUAUACAUCAAAACAAGAGAGAGAGCUUACUAACAAGGAAAUUGCUGCAUAUGGUUUUUACAUUGCCCCCAUAUGGUUUGUAACUGAGUAUCUAUCAAAUGCUGCACUUGCACGAACAAGUGUUGCCAGCACAACAGUUUUAUCCUCUACUUCUGGACUUUUUACUCUGUUCAUUGGUGCCUCCCUUGGCCAAGAUUCAUUAAAUAUGGUCAAAGUUGUUGCUGUCUUCGUCAGUAUGGCUGGUGUCAUUAUGACAACUCUUGGUAAAACUUGGGCUGCUGAUGAGUCACAACUAACUGCUUCUGACAAUGAACACUCUCUCAUUGGAGAUAUUUUUGGCCUACUCUCUGCUGUAUCAUAUGGCUUAUUUACCGUGCUUCUCAAGAAGUUUGCUGGCGAAGAGGGAGAGAGGGUGGAUGUGCAAAAAUUGUUUGGAUACAUUGGUCUCUUUACGCUCGUCACGCUUUGGUGGCUCGUUUGGCCAUUGACAGCUUUGGGAAUAGAACCCAAGUUUUCGAUUCCUCACUCUCUUAGGACGGAAGAAGUAGUUCUCGCUAAUGGCUUUAUCGGAAGCGUACUUUCCGAUUAUUUCUGGGCACUCUGUGUCGUAUGGACUACGCCUCUGGUGGCAACGUUGGGCAUGUCGCUCACCAUUCCACUCGCCAUGCUGGCUGACAUGUUGAUCCACGGCCGUCACUACUCAGCAGUUUACAUCCUCGGCUCAACUCAGGUGUUUGCAGGAUUUGUAAUUGCCAAUCUUUCAGACUGGUUCUCAAAGAAGCUGGGGUUGUAGCAUUGGAUGAUAAUCUUCAUUUUGGCGCAUUCUUAACAUGGAAAAAAGUAAAAUUCUUUCAUGAGGAUAUUCUCUCUCUCUCUCUCUCUCUAGUGUCUUUCUUCUUCACCAAUUGAAUUGGAAUGUAUAUUCUGAUUGAGACUUGUAAAAACUGCAAUUUUGGGUAAAGAAGCACCACCAUCUGCAUAAACCAUAGAUGACUGAAAUGUACUCUUGUGUUUUACCACUGGUUGUGUAAAUUAAGUGAAGUGAGGUUCGUUUGGGUCGUAUUUGGAUUUCGAGCCCUUGAUGUAAUAAGAAUGAAUGUUCCUUCCUUUGGUUCAAAUGAAAAUUUAAG